AUGUCUGACGCGGACAGUGUGUCCGCAUCGACAAGCAAAUCCACGUCGCAAUCCAAAAUGAAGUCCACCCUAUUCUCUCCAAACGGCUCGGGAACAAAGACAGACGAUAAACCGAAACCAGCUUCGAAACCAACGUGGAUGGACGCCUCUCUCUCCGACAAGGAAAGAUGGAAGAAGUGGGAGAAAGAGCGAGACAAGCAGUUUUACGGUAGAGGAGGAACUGCCGGUUACUACAGCACCUUCUACAAGACCAGCAAGGCCUGGUGGAUAGGCAUUUUUGGAUCUUGGGGUACUUGA